ACCCGAAAUGAAACCACAGAGGCCGGUGAAUCUGCGAACCAAUAUAAGCGACCACGGAGUAUUUCAUAGCACCUUUUUGCCUCUACCACCAUGCCCCGCCACCAAGACAUGGAUGACCCCAUCUGGUCGAUCCGCUUCAAGCACGGCGUUCACACCGUCCUGCUGUUCAUCGAUAGCAUGAAGCCCUUCUCCGAGGUCACCAGCACGCUUCUCGAGAUCUUGCGCGAGCGCUACCCUGACGGCCUGACCCUCAACCACACAGACGGUGCGCCUUCCACGAAGCUGCCUCCCCCGGGCUCCGACAUGCCGCGCAUUGCUUAUGGUGUCCCCCAUAAUCCCAACGACCUUUCCCAGGGGUGGCGCGAGCUGCCUGUCAGGCAGACGGAUAUCCCAUUGGACUCGCCCAUCAAGAACAACGGCGUUGUGGCCUUCACUUUCGUCUCCGAUGACAGGGACGAGCUGGAAGAGGUCGAUUUUGUGGUGGAUGUGCCCAGCUUUGAGGAUGAGUACGAUGAGAAUGAAGAACAGGAGAAAUAGGACAGGAACAGCGCCAUCGGGAGGUCGAUGUUGAUACUCGUUUUCCUGCUGUGGUCUACUCCAAGGAGAACCGUGACGAGUAUGAAGGAAGCUCGGGAAAGCUUGAGACUUGAGAACGAAGGACGAUAGGAAACAUGGGCGCGAUAUUAUCAUCGGCACUGUAUUUGGUAUUGGCUAUGGCUGGUUUACGACGGCGUUCCGGCUCAAGAGUAGGGAAACGGUUUAGAUACGAGUGGUGCUGGUGCUCUGCUCAUCUCACUGUCACUUUGAGAGUUGAGCUGUUUUUCCGAAGUACCGUACCGCCGUACCGUACCUUGAAAAAGUACCUAGUUCGUGAUU